AUGCAACACCAACAGCAGCAGGUCGACACUGCCGAGUCGCCCUCAUCGUCCAAUAACACCCACCAUCUCAAUGGUGGUGGCACCCAUAAUCAACAACUGAGGGACAUACUAAACACUUCACCAGCAACCACCUCAACUACAACAUCAACAACAUCAACAACAUCAACUGCAUCAACAGCGUCAGCAAUGAUGGACCAACAACAACAACAAGACCACUUUAGAAAGGAGAGAAAGGAGCUGACCACAGCCGUCGCCUCAAGCCCUGUUUCAUCAAUGUCAAGGUCACACCUAAACAACAACACAAAUGGCAGUGGCAGUGGUAGUGGAUCGCACUCGUCACCAUUCUCCAGCUCCACACCGACACCUGGCGACAGAUCACCAAUUCAGACUACUGCCGCGCCAAUGCUCAUGACACCGGAUGUCAAGCGUGAGGCAGGCAUCGAUGAGUCGCACCUCAGUAGAUACCGUACGCCAGACGUCAACGAUGGCGACGACUAUGAUCGCAUGAGGAAGGAGAGAGAGCGAGCUGAAAGACACAAGGAGAGAGCCAAGUCUGAGUACCGCGACUCGUCCGACCGAGAGAGGGAUAGAGAUCAUAGAGACAGAGACAGAGAAAGAGGAAGAGAUAGAGAUAGAGACCACAGAGAUAGAGACAGAGACAGGGACAGAGAUAGAGAUAGAGAUAGGGAUAGAGAACAUAGAGAUAGAGAUAGAGAAAGAGGAGGCGAUGAUAUUAGAUCACCAUUGUCACCAUUAUCAAGAGCGGGCGAGUUGUACAAGGAGUCGCCAGACAAGAGAAGAGAGUCUAUUGGCAGCAAUAGAGUGGAGGUCGAGCAUACUACAGAGUCAGAGGGUGGCGUUGGCACCACCAGCAGCAGCGGCAGCAGCGGCAACCACCAACAAAAGAUCGCCGAGCUCGAGAGAAUCAUUGCCAAGAAGGAUGUGCUAUUAUCAAAAUAUAGAAAGACGUUGCUACAACUGAUUGAGGACAGAGCGGGCUCGGACGACGAGGCCAGAUCCAGGUCCAACUCAAGAUCAGUGUCGCGCGAACGCUCCAGGUCGAGGUCGGCGUCGGCUCACUCGCGCUCCUCGUCCAGACACUCGGACGCCGGCGGUGCCUCGGACCACGAGGCGCCUCGCCCGAGAGGUCGUCCCAAGAGGUCGUCCAUCGCCGAUCCAAGCAAGCAGGGAGCACACAACAACUACUCACACGAGGAGUUGAAGAGGAAGCAGCCAGACACUAGUGAGAAGGGCGAUGAGAGUCCAGCCAAGAAGAGGACGGGCUCCAGGAGGAACACGCUGUGGUCGGCCGAGGACGACGAGAUAUUCGCACGCGCCUACAACCGCCAUGGCAAGAGUUGGAAGACCAUUCACAGCAUGCUGCCUGGCAAGAGUCGUGAGCAAGUGCAAAGUCACGGUCAAUACUUAAUCAGGAUUGGCAAGCUGAAGGACUUGCACAAGGACGGAAGGAGGACCAGACAUCAGAAGAGCACGCCAACAUACAUGGGACACCAACUGCACCAGUCGCACGGCGGCCACCACGGCGGCGGCAGCAGGGACCACCACCAUCCAUCAAUGGGCGGCUCAUCAUCGCAGAUGCAACACCAUCAUCAACAACAGCAACUUCAACAACAGCAUCAGCAACAGCAGCAACACUACAACAUGUCAAUGCACUCUGAUUCGCACUCGGGCUAUCCCAACAACAGCAUCUACGACGCGCCCUACGACUCGCCCUUCACACCCGAGUCGCCAGGCGGCAACAGCAGGGACUACUACGAUGAUGACUAUGACGACGAUGAUGACGAGGUCAACAUUGGUUAA